UUGUAGUUCUGCGCUGCUUCCUGUAUGGGCAGUGUAGUUAGGUGUAGUACAGGGUCUGCGGCUGCGGGGCUGUAGACGUUUUGUCACGGGCGGCAGUGUCUCCGGCUGCAGAGGGGGAACCGCCGACUGUUUAUUUAGUUCCCCUACUCGACAUAAGGUUCAUAGAAGAAGAGGCCCCGCUGAGCGGUGACAGAGGCCGGGCAGGUGGGGGAGAGGUCCUGCUGUCAGGAUGUUUCGACUUCGCUUUUUGCCAGCGGUGGCAGGGCUGACAGUUGUCUCCCGCCGAUACCAUGGAGUGGCCAAUCCAGCUCGCAGCAGGCGGAGGCUAAUGAUGGCAGCUUUUGUAGGAGCAACGGCAGUGUCUGCAAGUGCUGGAUUACUCUGGAAAAGAGCUAAUGCAGAAGCUCCAUCCACAGUGAAGCACAAUGUACGAGAUGAGGACAAUGCCAAGGUGAAAGAAGCAGAAGAACAAGAAAAUGUUGACUUCAAGGCUGUGGAGUCAAGUGAUGAAGAGCAACAACCAGAAGGGAAGAAGAAACAACGAACAGGAUUUCGGGACCGUAAGGUGAUGGAAUAUGAAAACCGAAUUCGAGCCUAUUCAACGCCAGACAAAAUCUUUCGAUACUUUGCCACUUUGAAAGUGAUACACGAGUCUGGGGAAGCUGAAGUCUUCAUGACCCCUCAAGAUUUUGUGCGAUCCAUAACACCCAAUGAGAAGCAGCCAGAAAAUUUGGGCCUGGAUCAGUUUAUAGUAAAACGAUAUGAUGGAAAGAAAAUUUCCCAAGAACGAGAGAAGUUUGCUGAUGAGGACAGUAUAUUCUUCACAUUGGGUGAAUGCGGACUUAUCUCAUUCUCUGAUUAUAUUUUCCUUACCACAGUUCUUUCAACUCCUCAAAGGAACUUUGAGAUUGCCUUCAAAAUGUUUGAUCUGAACGGAGAUGGCGAAGUGGACAUGGAAGAGUUUGAGCAGGUCCAAAGCAUUAUUCGAUCUCAGACCAGCAUGGGAAUGCGUCAUAGAGACCGCUCUACUACUGGAAACACCCUGAAGACAGGAUUUAGUUCAGCGCUCACCACCUAUUUCUUUGGAGCUGAUUUGAAAGGGAAGCUGACUAUCAAGAGCUUCUUGGAGUUUCAGCGUAAGCUCCAGCAUGAUGUACUUAAACUUGAGUUCGAACGCCAUGAUCCAGUGGAUGGUCGCAUUAACGAGCGCCAGUUUGGCAGUAUGCUCCUGGCAUACAGCGGGGUGCAAUCCAAGAAACUCACUCAUAUGCUAAAGCAGCUGAAGAAGCGUUUUAAGGAUGGAGAGGGCCUGGCAUUUGAAGAAGUGGAAAACUUCUUUACCUUCCUGAAGAACAUUAAUGAUGUGGACACUGCGUUAAGCUUUUACCACAUGGCAGGAGCUUCUCUUGAUAAAGUUACAAUGCAGCAAGUUGCCAGGACUGUGGCGAAAGUGGAACUCUCUGACCAUGUCUGUGAUGUAGUCUUUGCGCUCUUUGACUGUGAUGGGAAUGGAGAGCUGAGUAAUAAGGAGUUCAUCGCUAUUAUGAAGCAACGUUUGAUGAGGGGUCUGGAGAAGCCAAAAGACAUGGGAUUUACUCGCCUCAUGAGAGCCAUGUGGAAAUGUGCGCAGGAUACAGCCUGGGAUUUUGCCUUUCCAAAACAGUAAGAAGAGAAAGGGGAGUAAGGUCUGACUGUGAACCAAAAGAUGAUACAGACUAUGGAGCCAUCACAGCACACAACACUCCGGAAUCUGGAGAAACUGAAGCUGCAUCCUCCCCAGUAACAUGCUGAAAUAAGCUGCUUGAUAUAAAAUUGUGGCAUAUCCCGAGCCUGUAUUGUCACUCCAUUAUUCCCUGAACUUCCCAGUGUAUUUAAUGUAGAAAAACAGCAGAACAAAAUUACAUGUUAUUAUCACCACUCCGAUUAUUCUUCCAGGGCCUUAUAGUUUCCAGUGGGUUUCAAGGCAUGCUGUAAUUUGUAGUUCAACAGCCAUGAAGGAACACAGUUGACUUAUCUGUGGGGUGGGGGGGGGGGGGGUUUCUUACCAGCCAGAACAUAGAAAAAAAUAAAGGUCCUCUCUAAUAAUUGUAGCAUGGACACUUGUGACCAGAUGUCUUAUGCAGAGGAUGUGUCACCACUGGGGCGCCCAAUUUACUAAUCACUCACCUGUUGCCUGGCACUGUCCGUCUCUACACUACUGUCCCCCAAUAUAUGUAAAUGGCCUGUGUGCAAAUCUGGAGUGCUGAAAGCACUGACAAGCAGCAGGGGGGUGCUGGAGAGAUAUUUGUUCUGCUCGUAUCAGCCUGGUCCAUUUACAAGAUUUCCUAGUCAGCCAAGGUAGUUCCCAGUGAAUGGAUGGAAAUGUUUUUUUCUUGUAUUUGAGGCUUCCUGGUCUCCUUUCUUUCCUGUAUUACUCCAGUGUAUUUUGGCAGCCAUAAGUCCCCAUUGGUCCUAUUACCAAUUGGCCUUUUCCGGUUAGGAAAGUAAAAUAGUUUUAUUUUAGCACCACACAUAUAUUCAGGAUUGUGACAAUUAAAAUAGCUUUAAGGCUCAUACUCAUUUCAGGACUGCUGGAGAGAAUGAUAUUGCUACACAAGUACAGGAUAUAUUUCAGUUUAUUGAUAGAAGUCUAUACAAAUUGUAUUGAGAUGUUUGGCUUGAUUUGGUGGCAGGGUUUGCAAGGUUCUGCAAUUUAAUAAAAUAUACUUUUGUGUAA